AUCGCGAUACUUUCCGCCGCCCGGGAGCUCCGUCCUGCUAACAGCAGCGGCCGCUGGAUGGACAGCCGCCUCCAGCCUUUCUCCGGAGAUUAGGAGGGCACGGAGUGUAAUUAGCGGCCGAGGAAGGGAUAGAGAGCGGUUUCUCCAGCCCUGAGCCUUUCUGUACCUCCUCAAAAUGUCGGCGCAGGCCCAAAUGCGCGCCAUGCUCGACCAGCUCAUGGGGACCUCUAGGGACGGUUCAAUGUAUCUAUGCCUGCCUACUUCAAUCCGCAAGGGAGUAUCAGAAAGGCCCCGCAUUCGCCGAGCCGUGAUACAACAAGACAGCGGAUCAAGUUUAGUGAUGAAAGAGUGUGCAAAAGCCAUCUGCUCAAUUGCUGCCCCCAUGAUAUACUCUCUGGAACGAGAAUGGAUCUGGGAGAAUGUUUGAAGGUACAUGACUUGGCCUUGAGAGCAGAUUAUGAGAUUGCAUCUAAACAACAAGAUUUCUUCUUUGAGCUUGAUGCAAUGGACCACUUGAAGUCAUUCAUCGCAGACUGUGACAGGCGAACCGACAUUGCAAAAAAAAGACUGGCUGAUACGCAGGAGGAAAUAAGUGCAGAAGUAGCUGCCAAAGCAGAGAGAGUGCACGAACUAAAUGAAGAGAUUGGAAAACUGCUAGCAAAAGCUGAGCAGUUAGGGGCAGAAGGAAAUGUCGAAGAGUCACAGAAAGUUAUGGAUGAAGUCGAAAAGACUAGAAUUCGGAAACGAGAAGCUGAGGAAAUCUAUCGCAGUUCUAUGCCAGCCUCAAGCUUUCAGCAGCAAAAGCUGAGAGUAUGUGAAGUAUGUUCUGCCUAUCUGGGACUGCAUGAUAACGACAGAAGAUUGGCUGACCAUUUUGGUGGCAAGUUGCACUUGGGCUUCAUUGAAAUACGUGAGAAAUUAGAUGAGUUAAAGAGAAUUGUGGCAGAAAAGCAGGAGAAACGAAAUCAAGAUCGAUUGAAGCGCAGAGAAGAGCGAGAUAGAGAAGAGCGAGACAAAUUAAAAAGAAGAUCUAGAUCCAGGGAGAAACGCAGACAUCGUUCAUCUUCCCGGGACCGCAGGAGAAAAACACGAUCUAGAUCUCGUGAUAGACGUCACCGCCAUAGAUCACGCUCUGACAGUCGCAGUCGUAGUCACAGUCAUCACCGCAGCCGGGAUAGGAGCAAAGAUUGGAGUUCCAAGUCAAAUAAUCUGAUUCCUUUCAGGUCCUCUAGAGAUAAGGAGAGAACCUCAAGAGACAGGGAUCGUUCAAGAGACAGAGAACGAAGGCACAAAAAGCGCAGCUAUGAAACUGCUAAUGGGAAAUCAGAGGAACGUAGUUCUGAAGAACGUGAAGCUGGAGAGAUCUGAGUCUGUCUUCAGCUGGAAACAUGGUUUAGUGGACUGCUGUUUUUAAAAGGGACAGUAACAAGGACAGUUGGCUACUUCUGCUAGGAAUAGAUACGAGCUCAGAUCUAUACUUGGUAUAUAUUGGUUUACACCAAAAAGUUAAGUUAUUUUUACUCUGUUGUGGACAACUCAAAAAGUUAGGUUUAAAAUUGUAUUUUAGUCUGUUUUUGUCCUUACAUCUGAGUGUUUGUUUUUUUCCUGCAUUCAUUUUAGCAAUUUGUACAGACUUUAUUUUUCAAUCAAACGGCAGGAUUGUUGUGUUUUUUUUUUUUUUUUUUUGUUUUGUUUUUUUAGAGAGGGUGGUUUGACCCAAGACCUUUUAACACCUUAGUUCAUUGCUAGGAAAGUACAUUUCUCAGUUGUGACAUGUAAGCUUUCUAGAAUGUUGUUUGUACACCAUGAAGACCAGAUUCAGUGAUGAGCGCAAAGUUCUUGGUCUGCUCUUAUGGCCUCUGCUGCUGGAUUUGUAGAAUUUUUUUUGCUGUUUUAUUCUUUAAUAUCUACCAAAAUGCUAGAAUUUUCUUGUUAGUAAUGAUUGCAAAGUUAACAGUAUUGCUUUAUCCUCCACUCCUAUUUGCAGUGUAUUGGUGAAAGUAUAAAUAAAUGAAAUAUGGCACUAUGUGGUGUGUACAGAAUAAAGUGCACAUACCAGUAAGAGACGGCAAAUACAUUAUUCAUCUUCACACAACGGACAACAGGAAACAUGAAUGUUAAUACAUUAUGCUAUCCUCAUUAGUGUUAAAACUUAGUGGUUUUCCCAGCUUUUCAUAUUGAUUGCCUAUCCUUGGGAUAGGUCAGCAAUAUGAAAUUGGCCAGGGUCUGACUCCUCUCACCCCGACCAAUCAGUUUUUCAAAGAGGUUGCCGCGCUCCAUGAGCGAUAAAGACUCUUCCUACGCCAUGUCACAUGGCCAAGUCAAUGGGGCUGAGCUACAAUACCUCAAUGCGCUUUCUCAAUCAGCUGGUCAACGGGAGUGCUUGGAGUAAGACCCCUGUUGAUCUAUUUUUGAUGACCUGUCCUGAUAAGCCAUAAAUAAAAAAACUUCCAGAAAACCCCUUUAAAUGCAUAACAGGUACAUUGUAUUUAUCAUGCGUUCCAUCCUCCAUGCUGUCCAAUUCUCGCUGUUGUGAAACUGGCUGUUAAAACAUUCCCUUGCAGCAUUUUUGUGUAAGGCAGAGUGGUGUGGUAAUGUUUUCUUUACACAAAGAAUGGCUUACAGACAGGAAAACAUUACAUAUACUUAUCCCUUCAGGAACUGCGACUGCAUCUAAUAGAUGAAAUUGAUUUGUAAGAGCAGAGACUGAUCACCAUACACUUUUUCUUUAAUCAAUUUUUUUAUUUUUUUGUUGAAUCAAUAUAAUUAGCAAUAUCAUCUGUACAAUUUUUGUCUGUAUGAAAU